AUGAACGUCACAGUAGAUCUCACGCGUGGUUCGAUCGAUGUUCUCAACCAUCCUACAAUCAUGGAGUUCACAGUCAACCAGCUCUCCAAAUCUGUGUGCCCUUCUGAUGGUUUCUGCAAAGAACCAUCGAUGAAACCAGCCUUUCUCUUAGCUUGGAGUGCAUUUUCGCGGUUGGUGGCGUUCACGAUGGAGACUGCGAUAUCGACCAUGUCCAGAAACGCGGAACGGAGCGUUGUUAUUCUCUUCGAUGCAAGCUUUUUCAGAUCAUCGUCUGCCUUUGCAAAUCUGCUUUUGGCGACCCUAAAGAUUAUUGCAGAUAAUUACCCAUGCCGACUUUACAAGGCCUUUAUCAUCGAUCCUCCCUCCUUUUUUUCUUACAUUUGGAAGGGUGUACGUCCUUUCGUGGAGCUAUCAACGCUCACGACUGUGAUCACGUCGCUGGACUACGACGAGACGCUAGAUAUUAGCCACGUUGCAUUAGCAUCAUCAUCAUGCUCUAGAUCUGCCUCCCUACGUUUCAAUGCAUCGUCGAUUAAAUCAACGGCCACGAAUGGUUCAGCUUCUUCAAGAUUCGCCUUCACCGUAUCUCAUAACUCCUUAAAGCCGUGGUACCUUUCCUUCACCGACACGUCUCCUCUUAACGCCGCUGUCUCCACCGCAGCCUCUAAAGUUUCUCCGAUCAACGCACGGUCGCUAUCUUUAGCGUCUCCGGCGGCGCGUGGCUUAAUAGACGCGAGACCAGCCGCAUGCAGAAAGAGUGUGUUUCCUUCGACGCCGUUGCCGGAGAAGACGUACCGGAAAACACCACUUCCGUCUUUCUUUCAGUCUCCGGUGAUGUUUUUUCGCGGGGAUAAAAAUGUUGUCGGAGGUGAGAAGUCAUCACGUGAGGCGUUUGCACCGUACCUGAAAUUCUACCGGAGGCCGUACGAUGAGACGGCCUAUAGGUCUAACCUACGGGGUCCACGUGGAUUUGUGUCGGUCGUGUCUUCGCACGUAAGAUGUCGCCAUGCGUCUUUAUCUCAACGGUACUAGCUAGGCUUCUAGCUAUGACGUUAAGAAUACGAGAUUAAGGAACAAAGUAUAUGCUAUUAAUUAAAAAGUACUACAUUUAUCUGUUCCACCACUCUAUUAUAAACUAUCAGUUUCAUUACGAUGAUAUGUAAUGUUCAAUGAGCUUGUUUUUUAAUUUCAUUUGUUUCUAGUUGAGUCCAAAACAAAAGUUCACUAACAAAGAAUAUCAUCAUGUUCC